AAGAAAUUAACCUGUCCAUGUCCUAUAAUUUUUAUCUUUAAGUUCAUUAUUUUCAACGAAACCCGAACAAAAUGAGCCUACAAAAUAUAAUAUCGAGACUUAGCAGGAUCGCACUUCAUGGACCUAAUAGAGUUCGAAAUAUCUCUACUAGCACUAUCUUGCAGUUCAGAAGCACUCCUGUCCUUCUAGCUGAACCCUUGAAGAAAAAGAAAAGAUUAGAUCCUGCUGUUGUCAGAGCAAGGGAAGAAAGAAAGAAAAAGAAGAUAGAAAAACAGAUUCGGAGACUUGAGAAAAGUGCUAGAACACUUAAACCCAUAGAUGAGUGUGAGGUUUCAAUUGAAAUCAAAGAUGAACUAGGGAAACGAAAACGUGAUCUAGCUGCACUGUCAUGUGAAUUGUUGGAAAAGAGAGUAGAAUUGGAGAAACAAUGGUGUCAAUACAGAAGGGAACAGCAUUUGACUGAUAUACAGAUGCUAGAUCGUAUCACCAAUGCUCAACAGAAAGCCCUAGAUGAAUUAAAAAAGGAGUCUGAGGAACUCUAUCAAGAAGCUAUACAGUUUGAUUUUCAUUUAAUGCCAUUCAAUAGCAAAGGGCCAGUAGAAACUCCUGCUGUUGAAGAAUAUGAUGCUCCUGAUGGAGAUUAUCAAGAUAUAUCCAAGAAAUGGUAAACAGGUUCUAAAUGUAUGAUUCACACUUAUUUAGUAAAUUGGUAGCAAUUAAAAUUGUGGCAUUACUUCAACUUCAGCAGUAAACUCAUAAGAUGAAAUAAAAAUCUCCUAUAAUAAACAGUCUAUUCUAUAAUUAUUUAAAAAAUCUAAUAAUACCAUAAUCAUUACUUGAGAAUAUAAUCUUUAGGAUAAUCAAAAAUUUUGGGGAACUGUUUCACUUGAUUUUCUGAAUAGUGAUCUAGUCUCUUUGGUUUUGCCUUCAAUUGCUGUAUCUGAUUGGAAACAUUCUUCAAUAAAUUUGUGGGCACAUUAGCAUCAGGAAAGAGAUGUAACCUUUCCAUUGUGUAUCUCCUCUGUAAAUUCCCAUCCAUACUGUUAUAAA